CGCGGCGGCUGCGCUCGCCGGAGGAGCGUGCAGCAGGAUGAAUCCCGCGCGCUCCCCCGUCGAACGUGGCCCCGGCGGCAGUGCUCAUGGCGCAUCAAGGGAAGGAGGAUGGGCACACCGGCCACCGUGGCAUGAAGGGCGACGGCGACCCGCGCGGCGUCGGCCACACAGGUGCGCGUCCAUUCUAGCCGCGGCGGCAGCUCAAGUUCUUUUCGCGCGUCGUCCCGAGGACGGCGGCGUCACGGCGUCUCCGCCCUCGCACCGUGGUGGAUGCAGUGCGGGCCCCGAAGGGAAGAGGCGGCUACGCAGCGCAUUAGAUCAAAACCAACAGGUUUCUCUCGGAAACAGGCAGGUGGGAAUCUCUGCCGGUCUCCACGUGCCAGCUCCCGCUGGAGCGGGCGAUGGUGCUGGACCGGGAGGUGGUGGCCUUCGGCGGCCGCCUGUGGUGGCUGGACGCGACCUGCGGCGCCAUCUCCGCCGACCCCUUCAGCGACCGCCCGGAGCUCUGCUUCGUCGAGCUGCCGAGGGGCAGCGUGCUGCCGGCCGCCGCCCCACGGGACUGUCCCGAUUGCGGGGACCCCUGCGGCGGCUGCGGCACAUCGAAGCACCGGCGCCUGUGCGUCAGCCAAGGGCGGCUGCGGUACAUCGAGGUCUCUCAAGAAGAGCCAUUUGUGCUCAGCUGCUUCGUGCUCGACAACAAUGGCACCGGCUGGACGCUGGAGCACCGGCUCGACCUCAGCCGCUACGAGACUCACCGGUACGGCCACCCGUGGCUACCCUUAAAGGGGGAUAACACGCCACAAGUUGGGUUUCUUGACCCACUUACCGCCAAUGUUGUCUACAUGUCGGCCUGCAUCACCACUCUUGAGGGUACGCCACGAGUCGUCUUCGUCGUGGACAUGAAGAUAGACCUUCCGUUUCGGAGUUAUGCGUAUAGAUCGGGCGAACCCUGCUUCGUACCUUGUGUUCUUCCGCCGUGGCUUGGAUCGAGCCAGAUCCCUUCUGCAGGCAACAAAGGUGUUAAGAAGAACAAGAGUUUGGCAGAUGUUCUGGUUCGUGCAGACAAUCUGCAGAAGAGAUGAAGGUUUCAUUAAACUAACAGCAGCUGUUGCUAUAGUAAAUUAGGAAGCUGAUGGUGUGGUAUCUUUGGGAACCGGAGAAGUCAGGGUCUGCUAAGAGUUUGCCGAUCAACUCGCCAUAUCUUGUCUUGGUGGUGAUCUGGGAGUUCUUUCAGACUUCGGGUUCGUGGUAGAACAUUCCAGUAGAACUGCAAAAUUAGUUCAGCAUGCAACAACUAUCAUGAAACAUCAUCGUGUUCUUGUAUGCCUUGUUUAGUAGCAAGACAUUGCAUCUGCAGGAAAAGGUUGAUGCUUCUACAUGUUAACUCUUACGAUAACUCUUAUAUAUUUAUGGAUCUAUGCUUA